ACUGGGAGAGAACUGAAAUCAUAAAAACAGUUGUUGAAAGUUACAUGCUGAAUUUAGCAGCUGCAAAAUUAUGUCAGGAUCGCAUCAGUUUGAGCUGACAAUGAAAAGUGGCCGCAAGAUGCCAGCUAUUGGUCUUGGCACUUACGCCCCAAAAGAGUCUGAGGGGGAAGUGAUCACUGCGGUGAAGUCGGCAGUACGUGCUGGAUACCGUCACCUGGACUGCGCCGCGUUGUUCCGUAACGAGGUGGCCGUGGGUCACGCCAUCAAACACCUCAUAGUGGAGGGAGUCAUCAACAGACAGCAGCUCUUUAUUUCCAGCAAGCUGUGGAACACCUGUCACCAACCGGACCUCGUGCGGACCAGUCUGAAGAAAACCAUCUCAGAUCUCGGAGUGGGAUAUCUCGAUCUCUAUCUCAUGCACUGGCCUAUGACAUACAAGGAAGGAGGUGACUUCGUACCAAGGGAUGAAUCUGGCAAGGUGAUCUUCUCCGAUGUCGACUUUCUAGACACGUGGAAAGCUUUGGAAGACUGUGUAGAUGAGGGUCUGGUACACGACAUCGGCGUUUCCAACUUCAACAGCAAACAGGUUCUAGCCAUUCAGAAUGCAGCUCGUAUUGCACCCAGUAACAUACAGAUUGAGGCUCACUGCUGGCUGUCUAACGUGCGACUAAUCGAGUUCUGCCAGUCACGAGGUCUAACUGUCACGGCGUUGAGUCCUCUCGCGUCACCAGGAAACUUCCAAACACAUCUUCUUGAUGAAAAAGUACUUAAAGAUAUCGCAACAAAGAAAAACAAAUCACCAGCACAGGUUGCUCUACGAUUUUUACUACAACAAGGUGUAGGCGUCUUGCCAAAGAGUACAAAUCCAACAAGAAUAGCAGAAAAUAUAAAUAUUUUCAAUUUUGAAUUAUCUAAAGAUGAAAUGCAGUUAUUAUUUUCUUUAAAUAAGAACCAAAGAUUGAAUUCUGAAGAAAUAAGCCGAGAUCACAAGUAUUAUCCAUUUUGCGAAGAUUUCUAACAUGUCUACAAUCAGAUUUUCUCACUGUGCUGAAAGUAUUACUGUAACAUGGCUUGAGAAAUUGUUCAUUGGCAAUUACCAGGGGACUAGCUUGGGAUUUUCAGGUUGUAUGCAGACUUUUUCGGCGAUGGAAUAAAACGCUAUUGGCUGUGCCCCCCCCCCCCCCCCCCCCCCCCCCCCUACACUCAUUUACAUCAUAUAUUUUAAUAAUAAUUUUUAAAAAUGUAAUCUCAGAUAGUAUGCAGCUGUUUACCUGUGUAUAUGGAAGCUAGGCCCCUGAAUUACUAUAUUUAUUUAAAACUACCAAUAACUCCAGCUUGUUGGUUUGGUCCCUACAGCAUCAAGAAUGGUGAGAUCUCGGUCUUGCCUUACGUGCUGGUGUCGUACGAUCAAACACCCUCAGUGGACCCAUUCUCUCAUUGGUAUCUUUAAAGUGCUUGUAAAUUUCAGAUGUAUAUUAUUUAUAUCUGAAAUGUGAAUAAUUUCAAGCUUAUUUAUAAAAUAUUUCAAAAACUAACAAAUCAAACAAGAUCAAAAUAGAAGUUGUGCAAUGUUACAUAGAGAUGAUUAUACAAGCUUGUGUGUUAUACUGAUUUUACGAAAAGAGUGUCAGGAAUUUUGUAUUGCCCGUGCAAAAGCAAGGGUAAUACAUUAAUCCUGACACGAGUUUCGUAAAAUCAGUAUGACUUGCAUGCGAGAGUAAUAAUUUCUUUAUUAUCCAUAUUAUUAUUGUUGUUUUCUUUAUGAAUAACAAGACCCAACUCAGAAUGUUUCAGUCACAACUAGAAGAAGACGACGAAAUGAGUCAUAUUUCACAUGCACAGACUGAGCUAGGACUGGGGAAGCAACGUCAUGUUAUGACAUCGAUUCCCAAAAAUAUGUCAUUAGACUUGCUGUUACACGUGUGCUUUGUAUGAUUAUUAAUUACUUGGUUAUGUUGAACCAUGUGGAUAAUAAUUCAUCAUACUGGUAUUUUUGACGUAUGUAUUACCCCAAGUAAUUAAAAUUAAUAGCAUAACUAAUUAGCAUACAUAAUAUCAGUAAUAGCAAUGUUCAGCAAUUUGGUAUGAUUAAAUUAUAAGAGUCAAUUUACUUUUUUAAAAUUAUUAUACAAACAAUAAAGAUGUAAACUGUUUAUUGUAGAAGACUAAACAUUUUUACUUCACACAUGAUCCACUUUUGUGAUUUUAAGUGUUCAGUGAACAAACUAUUUUGUCAUAAAAGGUUAAAUAUU